AUGACUGGGCCCCAGGAAUAUGCGCAGACAGCUGCAAUUUAUACUCCGCUUUCACAUGAAGCAGAGCCUCCAGCGGAAAGCUUUGUCGCACAGAGAACUGAUUCACAUGUAAAACCUAAGUAUUUGGAUUGGGAGUCGAGGGGCGGCCCGGUCUUCUUCGCCUCAAAUACACUUGGUUUCCUCUGCCUCACAGCAGCAAUAUAUCUUGUCUUGGGCAGCUUUUGGUGUUUACAAGAGCUAAGCUCUCACCGUUCGCUGUCCACUGGCGUGCAAACGCGCCUGUUGUCUGAGGAUGAUGCUAAUUGGAUGAAGGAAUGCAUGCAAGAGGGUAGCAAGGAACAGAAAGGUAACCACAGCAACAAUGAACGGCUUGCGCACUCUGUUUGGGAUCCCGAGGGUGGUCCUUCGCAAGAUGAGAUUCCAAUGAGGUCUCCUGGAUCGGCUGGAACUGCAAAGAAAAGGCGUGGCCGUCUCCCGAUUGAGAGUGUAAACACGUACAUAGGGGCCCUUUCCCAGAGGCUCCCAACAGACGAAGCAGAAUAUAGGCGCCAGAUAAAUGCCCUAACUCUCCCUUUAAGUGAUUACUGGAAUAUGAAGCCAAGUGAAUGCAUGCUUUUACUCAGAGCAAAGAGACGACUACAAGAUAUCUUGUCAUUUAGGUCUAGGGCUCUUUCAAAGUUACACUCGUUAGUGCUCGAACAGCAGUACUAUGAACGAGUAAGAGCGGAAGUCAAGCAAAACUGGGACAGCCAUUCACGUUACAUGUUGAGGGAAGCAGGACAAAGCCUAGCCUUUGUUGGUGCAAGUAUCACUCAGAAGAAAAGGCAGCUCUCGAAAGUUCGUGGCUCGAUGCAAGCGACGGUCCAGCACCAAAUGCAACGCAGCAUCUGCGCACAGGUGUUUGCAUCUCAUCGAAGGAGUGGAAAAGGGAUAUCACUGAGAGCGGCGAAUGCCAUCAGCAUAGCCAUCCUUGUCAUGAAAGGAGGACAGCCAGCCGAUUAUUGUCUCAGUGAUGAAGAUCAGGAGGAGCUUUUGAGAGCGGGUCAGGAGUUCGUAGAAAAAGUGGAGAGAGCAGUUACGGAUCUUUCGCGUCAACAACAGAGUUCGAGACUUAUGUAUUUCGACUUCAGGAGACGUUUGGAGAAGUACCAAAGGCUUCGAACUACUGUGUCAAUGUUUUCAUUGAUGCUGCGGAGUGUUGCGAUGAGCUUAUCAAAGGAACCGCUCCUAAAGGAAUUGGAUGAGCAAAUGAACAGGCUUCUUAAGGGGCUAGAUGGCGCAGAUCGGAUUAUACGAAACAGUCACACCGAAAACGCAACGGCGCCACGCGGGCGUCCUUUAUUCAGAUACUUGUGUCUUUGGGGAGCAAGCGAUGAAGGUGAUUGUUCUCAAGAGACACAGCAAGGCAGCGGGACGAAGGAUACAAGGCGUAGGUGA